CCCAAAGCAAGCAUGAACAUUAAUAAAGAAGUUCUUCAAACCGUAAGAGAGGACGAUUAUGUUGAAUAUUAUAUUUUCCCUAAGACAUCUCACUCUACAGAAAACAUAAGAGAAUAUCUUCAAAAUGUUUUAGCUGAAGUAAGGUCUGUGUUUGGAAAAUACAAAUAUUGUACCUACAUCUGGCAAAAAGAUGAAGUCAAUCUUGUACCUCGAUUUGAGUGCGAAAUUGCUGCAGUUGAUACCUCAGUGGAGAAACUCCCCCCUCAUCUGUAUGGAGUCACACACUAUGGGGAUAACAUAGAAGAUGAAUGGUUCAUAGUGUUCCUAUUGAUGAAAGCUACUCAAGAAAUCCCUGGACUUAUAGCAAGGAUGGUGGAUGUGGAUGGAGAGUUUCUAUUGAUUGAAGCCGCAGAUCAUUUACCUAAAUGGGCCAAUCCUGAGACAUGUGACAAACGGGUUUACCUACACGGGGGAUCUGUCCAUCUGAUACCAGGAGACGCGACGUUAGAAGUUGAUGAAGCGAUCCAAACCAUCUGGGACACACCUGAAGAGACCAGAGCCUCCACUGGCAUACAACAGGCGAUAUCUGCCAGGAUAGAGGGGUAUCCUGGGCGUAUUGUGGACAACCUGCACAGUUGUAAUGUUUUUGUGCCCGUUGGAGUGGCAGCAUUGCUGAGAGCUCGUCCUAGCUUAGUGGCACCAGCUGUUACAGCAUUCUGUCAUCGCGAUCCUAUUGACCUUAAGGCCUGUCGUGCCAUGAGAUACUUCCCACCAGAGCAUUGCGUUAUGACUAGAGUAACAUUCACUAAGUGUUUGUACGCCAUGUUGACACAUCAGAAGUACAUGCCUGAUCGACGAACUGGUUGGAAUUUGCCUCUUACGACUGAUGCUUCCUAUGCUUCCAAACUGCUCGGUCUCAAAUUGGCUUGUGGUUUUGAAAUCUUGGUCACUCAGAGUAAAAGUAUUGGACAGACCGAUGAUCUCAGCAAAGAAUGGCAAAGUUACAAAGAUUCCCUAAAAAACAAAGGUUAUUUCAAGGACUUGUUAGAGGGAUCUCAAGAGUACAGCAGACUUGAGGAAGAGGCCAAAGAGUAUUUCCGCUCACAUUGUGUCCAAUCACAGCCAGCCAUUGGACAGAUCGUUCUUGACCUCCUGCGAGAGAUCGACGUGGACAUUGAAGAGCUUCGGAAAAAUGAAUCCACCUUGCCUCCUUCCGACGAUGACAGCUGGUUAGAUGUGACCCCAGCAGAGUUAGAUCGUAUGAUGGAGCAACGCUACGGUCGCAAACUGUCUCACCCUGCUACUGACAUACCAGCCCAACUGGCGCAGUUCCUUAACCAUGUCAGCUCUGUGGAUGGUGCUGAAUUCCCUCAGGACAGUCUAGCAAUGGACUCACCACCAGUGAGGCCUCGAAGAGGGGUGAAACCGAGGAAGGCUAACUCAGCAACUACCUCGACUUCAAGGGAGAAGGAGUCCGAGGAGGACAACCGAGUGUCCUUUGAUCCUGACUCAUUUUCCUGUGCCGUGCAGAAUAUCCUCGAUUUUGCAGUACCUGAAGACAACUGGGAUAUGGAAUCAGAUGGAUCAGGAAUGAGUUCUUAUGAAGAUGAAGAGGACAUGGAUCUCGGAAACAAAACCGGUGAUCAACAAGAGACUCCCAUCAGUGAACUGAAGCAGUACAUGGACCAAAUGGACAGAGAACUGGCAACCACAGCUGUGGGCAAGAGUUUUGAGAAGAUCCAGGCCACUGACAAGAAGGGUAUGGAGGACAGCUUUUCCGAGGUAGAAAGCUUCGAACCAGUCAACAUAGACAUGAAUGCUCUGAAGAACAUUCUUGCCUCGUACCAAGCCCAGAUGGGUGUGGCAGGUCCUGCGUCUACUAUGCUGGGGCCGAUGGGCGUCAAACUGGACGAUGAUGACCAGUAGAAACUACAUGACAGCGACAGCACAACAAUAGAUCUCGUAGACUACAGUACUUUGAUGGCAUCGUUUUUGUUCAAACCAAAUCGGUCAGUUAUAAAUGUCAAACCUUUGUUCUUUUUAUCUGUGAUAUUUUUUUAAUGAUUGAAGUUCAAAACGCUAUAUCAAUUUGUUAAGCUUAGAGUGGGAUUAUAUUAUUUACUAUUCCUUUAGUUUUACUGCUUUAUUAGUUCACAAAGUUUGGCGAGUUUAGUUUCUACUUUUUUUAUCUUGCUUUUGAUAAUUUAUUAGUUUGUUUGAAAUCCAUUCUGUUUACUUAGUUAAUAAUCCUCCAAUAGUGUUUUUGAACAAAAAACAUUCAGGUUUAUUUUCUUGUUAGAUUCUAAAUUAAUUUGAAGCUGUCCAGUUGGCUUGGUUUUUAUAUGGAUGAAGAUUUUGCUCAAUAUAUUUUAAUUGUUCUUGGAUAACUUUUACUUAAUAAUUGUUGGCCAUUUAUUUAGUAAUAUUAAGUUGUACUUCAAGCUCUAUAGUAGAUUUCAAGAUUAUUCCAACCAAUGAGUGCCAGCAGGGUUUCUAAUUUUAUACGUGUCAUUUUCACUAUUUUUUUACUUUUUAAUUUGUAGUAUAACCAAUGUGCCAUUAGGUACAGUUAAGCUUCUAACUUUACACAAUUCACACAAUUUAUUUAUCAAUACAAACACAAUGACAAAGGGCAUUUAACACUACAGCCAUAAUAAUGUGACAUUUCUAACAGCAAACGAAUAACAAUUGAAUGUAAACACAAACCAUGAUUUACAUUAUUGUGACAAGAUUAGAAGACUAGGUAUAAGUUUACAGUUAGAAUAUAUUUGGACAUAUUGCAAUAUAGAGAAUCACUGAGUUGUUUAGCAGCACCGAAAGUAGCCUAUUUCAGUGGCGAUUAAACAUGGAUUCCAAAUCGCCACAACAUUUUUGACAUCAGCUGAUAUAAUUUUAUACCCAUAGAACUAGCUUCAUAAUCUAGAUUCAGAGGCAAAAAUAUAGAUUUAUUGACUCGCCGUAUAAUAUUCCAACAGAGGUUUAAACAAACCCCAAACUAUACUUCGAUCUCUUCAGUUUACAAUAGAUUUUUCAAGUCUUGUUCUAAAUACAAAUAUGAUUAACCUAUCCAAAACUAGUCUUCGGGUUCUUACUGUAAAAUUUCUUUGCUAGAUUUAUCGUAGAGCACAAAUUGUGGUGUGUGUGUCAUGAAUAUUGAUAGUUUGUAUUUUUAUAACACAUUUAUUGUAAAUACAAAUAAAUUAUGUUGUAUUUUUAUGCUCUUAAAGCGAUAGCUAUAGUUUUUACUUUAUUUUAAUACCAGCACAGUUCUAGCCUGAAAGUAUUAUAUAAAAUUAUUCACAUUUAAGAUAUUGAAUUUUCAGGUUAACUCGAGGAACAGUGGAAUCCCAAUUGCCCAUUGUAAUGAACUAGGAGGGACUUUUUGCAAGUCAAUCAAUGUUUACAAAUGAACAAUCAAUUGAUUUUUUGGGUCAUUGAAGUCAAGUCUUUGAAGGGGUUUUAAAAUACUACGCAAGUAUAUAAUUGUAGGAAUGUGAGAUAGUAUGAGAUACCUUUACCGCAGCAAACCUGCAGACUAAGCGAAUUUUCAUUCUUCCAAUGUUUUUAUUUAAUAAAAGUUGGGCAUUUUAGCGCAUUUCCCUAUAGGGA